AUGUCGGACAUAGGCACCCCAGACGGAGAGCACCACCAGUCGCAUCAAGGUGAAGAACCCAAGACCAAGCUCAGCCACCAAAGUGGGUCGCUUGACGGCGAAGACGAAGACAAACCGUUCAACCCCGACCUCGCGCAAGUCGACAGGAUUCUGGGCGUGAAGGAGGAGUUGGACGACGAUGGCAAUGCGGUGACCAAAUACCUGGUGAAGUGGGAAUCGAAGCCCCACAACGAAAGCACAUGGGAGCUCGCCACCGACAUCAACGAUGAUGAGAAGGUCGCGCAGUUCAAGCGCAUCAACCAGUUGCCGCCGGCAUCGAAUGGUCCGCUGGAGCGUCCCGCUGCCGAGGAAUGGCGACCGUAUACUGAGUCGCCCGAAUUCAAACACGGCAACAGACUCCGGGACUACCAGCUGGAGGGCCUUAACUGGCUCGUGUACAAUUGGUAUCACCACCGCAACGUCAUGCUCGCUGACGAAAUGGGCCUGGGCAAAGCUGUGCAGAGCAUCGCCGCCAUGUGGCAUCUGUUCACCGUGGAGAAGAUCCGCGGACCCUUCUUGGUCAUCGCGCCCUUAGCCACCAUUAGCCAGUGGAAGCGUGAGUUCGAAAAUUGGACAGAUAUGAACGUGCUCGUCUACCAGGGACCAGCGGCAGCACGCCAGGUCAUUCGCCGCUACGAAUGGAACAACCUGGACGCCGAGGGCCGUGCCAUUUCCAACCUGUUCAAGUGGAACGUGCUGGUGACCUCGUACGAAAUGGUGAUAGCUGACAGUGCACACCUGAAAACCAUCGAUUGGCGCUACACCGUCAUCGACGAAGCACACCGGAUCAAGAACAAGAACAGCAAGCUGGUGAUGGAGCUGCAGAGCUACGGCUUCUCGGACGUGCUGCUGUUGACCGCCACGCCGCUGCAAAACAGCAUCGAGGAGUUGUGGUCACUCCUCAACUUGCUCGAUCCCCAAAAGUUCCAAUCUUUGGAGGACUUCAGGAAUGACUUCGAUGACUUGGGACAGAUGGAGCAAAUGCAAGCGCUGCACGGCUUGCUCAGGCCUCUUCUGCUCCGACGAAUGAAACGUGAUGUGGAGCAGAGCAUCGAUCCGACCCAGGGAGAAACCAUCUUGGAGGUGGAACUUACCGGUAUACAAGAGAAGUACUACAAGGCCAUCUACGAACAGCAUCCGUACCUCAUCAACGGGGCCGAGGCGCAGAUACUGGAUGGGCUCACCGACCCCGACUCGAUCAGCCGGAAGCUCAUCGAGAGCUCGGGCAAGCUGGUGCUGGUCGAUCAGCUCCUGCCCAGGCUCAUCGCGGAGGGCCACAAGGUGGUGAUCUUCUCACAGAUGGUGCGCAUGCUCGACAUUCUGGAGGACUACCUCAACUUCCGCCAGUUCGGCUACGAGCGGAUCGACAGCGGAGUCUGCGAGAACGACCGUCAGGGCGCCGUCGGCCGCUUCUGUGAGAAGGGCUCAUCAGAAGAUCGCAACGUCCUGCUACUCCACACACCAGUCAGUGGCAUGGGCAUCAACUUGCCGGCCGCCGAUACGGUGAUAAUCUUCGACAGCGACUGGGGCUCUCACCAGAGCUACGUUCAAGCCCAGGCGCGGUUCGCCCCUACUCAAGCGGUCAAAGUCUACAGGUGA